AAUUAGAGCGCUGAGGACGUGUCCGAAUGUAUCCUGUCGUUAUGUCUGCAAUUGCAAAACUCGUUCGUUUUCCUUUAUUUUCAAGAUAUGUGAAUUAUGGGCAUUAGAGAAAUAAACUUUAAGAAGUAUUUGUAUUUUUAAAUUUGGUAUCUUUUUUCUUGUGUAAAUGGAAGAUUGGUUUUGUCGAAAAGGCUUGAUUUGGCAGAUAGCGACGCGUGUCAUGUGACUUCCCCUCCCCCUACCUUGAGGCCGAUGAAGAGAAGAAACAGGCGGACAUGUUUAAGGGAAGUGCGUUGGAAGAAAGUGGCGACGAGAAGAAAAAAAAAGAACUUUACCAAUGUGGAAGACGACAUUUAAAUUUCGAUUCUGUUUUGGAAGGAGCAUCAGAACAAUGGGUUGUGUUUUUGGGAGAGACUUUACCGAAAUGUUUGAUUUUGUUUAACCUUAUGAUUCGCAAUAUAAUUAACGUUACUUAAGUCGUUUUAUGCGAAUGAUUACUUAGUUUUUAAUGUAAAACGUCCGAUUACUGGCUAAUUCAACUUUUUAUCUGGCUGUAUUGGUUUGGCGGUUAAAUGUGGGGGUGGGGUGUUGGGGAACAUGUGCUAGAGUUUAAUCUUACGAAGUUAAAAUCAUAUUCUCAUUUUUAAAUGAAGACGAUGGCUUGGUUUUUAGAUUGACUGUACAUACAUAUCUAUAGCUAGAUGUGAAAAAUGUGGAUGUAGCUUGCUAUUCUGAAACGGUUUGGCAUGUAACGUUAUUGAAUAGCUGGCUGGCUUGCGCUUUGAUAAGACGUGGCUUUCUGUGUUGGCCACAAACGACCUGGGUUUAUAUGUGUCGUGGAAAAAUGGUUUGAUGGAUAAUCAUGUUCGCUACCUAGCUUCAUUGCAGCAGAUUCAUUAUUUCGUUCUGUGUAUAUUUCGUUUUGUUAUACUUAAUUUUGGAUUAAUGCCGCAUCAUAUAUGCUAGUUUAAUUAGCUUGAGGGUGGAGCUUGUUCGCUAAAUGGUCUGCCGCAUACGUUAAAUGUUUGAUAUGAAGCGCCAGGUUUAAGUUAGGUUUGCACUAUAGCUAGUUUGUCUAAAUUUUGGCUACAGUAACUUGGUGUUUGCAUUGUUUGGUAAGAUUUUCAGCUAGCUAUAUUAUCUGACUAACAGCAACAUGUCAUAUUUUAACAGUGGCUAGCUAGCUGCCAACCUACCUGGUAAUGCUGGACUUUUAAAAUUGGGCACAAUGUAUAAUCAGUUGCUCAACGUUACAUUACAAUGCUACAUUCUUAACCCAUUGUUGCAGGGGAUUAGUGUACUUGAUCCACAGUUCCUAGUUAAGAUGCUUACUAGCCAUCGUCAACGUUUUCUAGUUCAGUAUUUAAAACAUGCGUUCUUCGAACUCGCUCUCCAGAGCCAGUGAAGUUAUCAAGGUGGCCGGCUGUCUUGAAUAUUGUUAAUGCGGUUGCAUAAACCCAAUGGCAGAAUGCACGAGACAUUUCUCCACGUGAGUUACCUCAUGAGCCAAUGGGUUUCACACAAAUCCCAGUGAACGCGUGUAGAGCCUUAGGCCAAUCAGAGUACUGUCUUUAGCACAUUGAUAUAACUUAGCUUUUGUUCCGUGGGAGAGGCACUAAAUGAAGUGGGCGAGUUAUUUCCAAAAAAAAAAAGAGUUCUGAUAGUCACUUCUCUGGCAAAGUGAAAAGCUGAGUUAUAUAGACAGAGCGGAACGCAUCAUACUCUGACAACCACGCCCACCCGAGGGGAAAACAGUCGGCGCCACAAUAUGCAACCAAGGACUGAAACGCUAACAAAAUGCCUGUAGCUAGCUAAAAACAUUAGAUUUAAGCAUGUCAAAGGAUUAUUUUAGCACCCUAUGUCUACUUCCGUUAGUCUGUCUCUAGCUUGCUACUUCAGUGUAGCGACAACGUUAUAACGGUCUCUGAAAAACGGUAUUUGCCUUUGGCUCGGGGGGCCUCAGGUGAAAGUGAUGGCGCAGACAUUAGCAAUUUUAUUAACGCUAGCUAAGUAGCUAUCAUUUUAGCUUCUUAGCCAUCUACAAACUUGUUGAAACAUUGUCCCUAGCCAACUCUUAUAGCCAAACUUAUUUCGAAUGACUAAAGUACUGUAUCCUGUAGCUAGCUUGCUAGCUGAGACGCCACUAGACUCCAGUGUUAGGACACGUUUUUCGGUUCGGCAGCAUAUAAAAACUUAGUUCUGGGUUCUUUACCCAGUUGGCAGUGUAUCCCACCACACACCAGCUUUAAGGCAUUUUUCUGUUGUUUGCUAACAGACGAAAGUGACAAGGAGGCACCUUCACGCAAUACAAAGUCAAUGGAGAGCGAUUAAUUGAUUUCCCCUCCGGUGUGGGCGGGACUUAAGUGCACUCUGUCUCUAUUGGUUAUUUACAAGCUGGGUUAUGUUGACGGACAGCUAUGACGUACCAAUGGGUAGCAAGGAAUUGCUUCUCUGUCGUCGUAUGAAAUGGGGUGUGGUUAGGUUGAUGGACGGUGUGAGCGUCCUAUGGAAAGCCUGGCAGGAGGCACGUGAGGGGAAUUGCGCGCAGUGACAGAAUUGUGCAUCUUAAAUUGAGUUGGGCGGAUGUGAUGCGGCGCCAUUUCACAGACUGGCGGUGUUGGUGCUGGAGUUAGUGAUCGGAAAGACGGGAAGGGAGUCAGGAACCAGAAAAAGGUUUUUUUUUAACAGAAUCCGGAUCCAUCCUGAUGGAAACGGCCAUAAACCCGCACAUUGACAGCUCUGUGGGUGUGAGUGUGGCGGGGGCCGGAGGGAUGGACCGGGCCAUGUCCGGCCCUGGCAAGCGCAUCCGCAAGCCGUCGCUGCUGUUCGAGGGCUUCGAGAGCCCUGCGCUGCCCCACGCCACGCCCUCGGGCCCGCCCCCUCCGCCGCAGCCGUCCGUCAAAGACCCCAGCCGGCAGGGCAGGCUGACCAAUCAGCUCCAGUUCCUGCAGAAGGCCGUCACCAAGGCCCUGUGGCGGCACCACUUUGCCUGGCCCUUCCACGAGCCCGUGGACGCUGUCAGGCUCAACCUGCCGGACUACCAUAAAAUCAUCAAGCAGCCGAUGGACAUGGGCACCAUCAAGAAGCGGCUGGAGAAUAACUACUACCGCAGUGCCAGCGAGUGCAUGCAGGACUUCAACACCAUGUUCACUAACUGCUACAUCUACAACAAGCCCACGGAUGACAUUGUGCUGAUGGCCCAGUCCCUGGAGAAGGUCUUCUUGCAGAAGGUGGCCCAGAUGCCGCAGGAGGAGAUUGAGUUGCCCCCACCUGUGCCGCGGGGGAAACCGGGGAAGCCGGGCAAAGGGCGCAAGGCAAACGUGUCGGGGGGUGUCACUACAGCCCACCAGGUCCCAGCCGUGUCCCAGUCAGUGUAUUCCCCCCCCACCCCCGAAACUCCGGACUCGCUGCUAUCCACCCCCCCACAGACCCUGCUGGCCAAAAGUCUGCCCCCCACCAUCAGCCCGCCUGCCCUGCUGGGACUGCCCCCCACGCAGCCCACCGCUAAGAAAAAGGGCGUGAAGCGUAAAGCGGACACCACCACGCCCACCACCAUGGCCCUGCCCCUGACGCCGGGGGUCCGGAUGGGCGUGGGCGGCGGGGGUGACUCUCCGCUGACCCUCUCGUCCCUGGGGGUGGAGCCAAAGCCGGGGCUGGGCCUGGCGAGGGGUGGGGUCGGCGGGGGCGGGCCGGUCCUCCUGCAGCCCAUGAUGGCGGGGAGGGGCCCGGCGCGGCGGCGGGAGGGCGGCCGGCCCAUCAAGCCGCCACGGAAGGACCUGCCGGACUCGCAGCUGCAGCACCAGCCGUCGCGCCGCGGGAAGCUGAGCCAGCAGCUGCGCUACUGCAGCGGCGUCCUCAAAGAGCUGCUCUCCAAGAAGCACGCCGCCUAUGCCUGGCCCUUCUACAAGCCCGUGGACGCCUCCGCCCUCGGCCUGCACGACUACCACGACAUCAUCAAGCACCCCAUGGACCUCAGCACUAUCAAGAGGAAGAUGGAUAACCGUGAGUACAGGGACUCCCAGCAGUUUGCCGCGGACGUCAGGCUCAUGUUCUCCAACUGCUACAAGUACAACCCUCCGGACCACGACGUGGUGUCCAUGGCCCGCAAGCUGCAGGAUGUGUUUGAAUUCCGGUUUGCCAAGAUGCCAGAUGAGCCAGUGGAGGAGACUCCCCCUAUGUCCCUGAGUGGUGGUAUGGGAAUGUCCGCAGUGCACUCCUCCUCCUCCUCUUCCUCCUCAUCCUCUUCCUCAGAGAGCGAGCCCAGCAGCGAGAGUGAGAGCGAGACGGAGAGCAGCCCCAGCUCAGACAGCGAGGAGGAGAGAGCACACCGGCUGGCGGAGCUGCAGGACCAGGUGUGUACACAGUUGAGAGCUGUGCAUGAGCAGCUUGCAGCGCUGUCCCAGGGCCCCAUCUCCAAACCCAAGAGGAGGAAGGAGAAGAAAGAGAAGAAGAAGAGGCGGAAGCCGGAGAAGCACAAGGGUGGCCGCCGGGCCGUGUCUGACUACCUGGAGAGACCCGCCAAGAUCCCCAAGACAAAGCCUGGCAGAGCAGCCCCCACUUCCACACAGGGCAAGAAAGCAGCCGGCAAGAAGAGCAGCAAGAGCAACAAGUCCUCGAAGAAGUCGCAGUCAGUGGCGGCGGCGGCACCGCGCUUCGUCCCCGUGGCGCCCUCUUCGUUGCCGCCGCACUAUGACUCGGAAGAGGAAGAGGAGGGGCGGCCCAUGAGCUACGACGAGAAGCGGCAGCUGAGCCUGGACAUCAACAAGCUGCCGGGCGAGAAGCUGGGCCGCGUGGUGCACAUCAUCCAGUCCCGCGAGCCCUCGCUGCGCGACUCCAACCCCGAGGAGAUCGAGAUCGACUUUGAGACGCUGAAGCCCUCCACCCUCCGCGAGCUGGAGCGCUACGUCAUGACGUGCCUGCGCAAGAAGCCGCGUAAGCCCUACGUGGUGAAGAAGGCAGGCAGUGGGAAGUCCCGGGAAGAGCUCGCUCUGGAGAAGAAGAGAGAGCUGGAGAGGAGACUGCAGGACGUCAGUGGCCAGCUCAACUCUGCCAAGAAGCCACCGAAAACCAAGGCGGAGAAGCCCAGCGGAGUGGAACCCCAUGCCAUGGUCUCCCGCCUCAGCGCCAGCAGCUCCAGCUCAGACUCUUCCUCUUCGUCGUCCUCCUCCUCUUCCUCGGACACCAGUGACUCGGACUCGGGGUGAAGUCUGGCGUGGACCCACAGGAGAGAGGACAGCUCUAGGCAGGGCUGCAGCCCAAGCUGAGAGAGAGAGAGGACAGCUAUAGGCAGAGCCACAGCCCGAGCCGGGAGAGAGAGAGAGAGAGAGAGAGGCUCAGAACUGCACACGACGGGCUGUACGAUAGCUCUGCCACCUGAGGAGCGAGAAUGAGCCGAGCACAGCUCAGUCUCAUCCACUCCCGACCCGACACCUGUCUAUUCUUUCCCUCACUGUGUAAAUAUAUGUACAAAAAUGACCCUAUUUUUCUUUUAUAAAGAAGAAUUUUAAGGAAAUCCCUUAAGAGGGAAAUGGAAGAAUGAAGGGAUGGAGAACAGUCUUUGGGAAGAAUGGGAUGGUUGCUUUUUGUGUGUGGUUGCUUUAACUUUCUUCAAUUGGUCUUGGGUCUUUUGAAUUCAAAACCUGGGCUUCUGUGUCAAGCCCUUGUUAGGAGCAUGAGAGUCACAAGGGGAAGAGGUCCAAAAUGUCACCGGAUGAAAGUUCCUCAUGUUCAUCAGAAAAGUUCUGGUCUUGUCAAGAUGCAGGCCUCAGACUGAGGGUUAUAGCUAAAAUCCAGAAGGGUCCAGUCCAGCUCACCAAAGGUGCUUUUACAAUGCUGCCAAUCAAAAAGGCAAAACUACUACACUGAUGUAAGACUACACAGACAUCUUUCAUUUUUAGUUUCAGUUUUAUUACAAACACACAAAUCCACCAUUUACAGUGCCGAUUCUGACAUAGUUCAAGUUCAUACUGUGUAGUAUUUGCACUGAUGGAAAUACUUUGGACUGAUGGUUUGUGGUUUGAAUAUGCUUACAGUGGUUCAGUUUGCUGUUUACAGGGGUUACAUAGCAUUUUGCAAUGUAUAAUUGUGAAGAAAUGCUUCUUUUUUCUUUGACUAACAGCUAUUUAGAGUAAUCUGAGGCCCACUCCACUUAAUAUUUAAAUAUAAGUUCAGAAAUGUUACAGGUUAGGUAAUGACUAUGCUAUUGCUUAUUGGAGCUAAAUACAGCUGUCACCAUAUCAGGGUGGUGACUGAACUUUCCACAUACAAUAUGUUGGCCAUAUAGCUUUGCAUAUCCAUUAUUACUGAUUGGCUCCUGGCUUAUUGUUUGUUGAUUGGCUCCCAACUCACUGUAUGGAUGGUGUAUAUCUGUCUGUUUAGCGGUACAUUUACAUAGGAGGAAAUCAUGCUUCCGCCAGGGCAGCAGCAGCUGAACAGAAAGAGCCAGAAACAGGAGCAGUGAUGGGCGUAAGGGAGGUACAGAAUUACCCUGGAGAUUGAAGAACUAAGCAAGUGGAAGAGUUUUGGUGCGAGCGUUGAUUUGUAAUUUAUUUUUAUGGCCCAGUUAAAGGUGUGAGAUGUUUUAUGUGAUGUACAGAGACUGCAAAUUCAAAACAGAUCUCCCGCUGAUGCAGGGCCCAGGAUGAACAACCAUACAGAUGUAAUACAGAGGUACAAAUGAAAGGUAUGGAAGUGCUAAAUAACCAUUUUAUAAAAAUAAAAAAUAAGAAACAUUGUAAAUAUUUCUACACUUGGACAGCUGAACAGCAUGAUUCUACUCGUGAGUUACUUUUUCUGUAUUUUGUUUUUCUGUUGCAUCGUUUAGUUUUUUUCUUUAGAACCAUGGCAUUUUUUUUUUCUUGGUAAACUUUGAAAAUGACACAAAACCACUUUCAGAGAAGCAUCAGUCAUGCAUCUGCAAGCAUACCUUUCUGAGAAGAGUGUACAUAUUAAAGAGAAAUGCUCUUUAAA